CGUGUUGCAAUUAUGCAGCAGGAAGGUCCGGCGGUCAGUGGCGUCCAACAGAAUCCCGGAGGUCCCCAUUCCGCAGCCAUGCCGCCUCCCAUGGGCAGUCACCCUAGUCCGAACGGUAAUCGUGGCGGGCCUAUCUUGCCUUUCGAGUAUGGCCCUGAUGCUGGCCCGUAUAGAGAUCAGGUCGAAGUCUCCCAGGAGUUGGUACCGAUGGUCAUUGGGAAGCGAGGCGCUACCAUCUCAGCUAUGAAGCAGCAGACGGGAGCGAACAUAUACGGAGACCAGUCGACUCGUGAACAAGGUUAUAGCAUCUUCUUCGUUGAUGCACAGACUGAGGAGCAGUUGCAGGCCGCAGUUGAUGCCAUUCGGGAGAAGGUAUCCCCACUUGAGCCUAAGGAAGGCGAGAUCCAAAAAUUCUUUGAAAUUCCGGACCACAAAGUCCCGGAGGUUCUCGGACCACAGGGAAUCGCGUUGGCAAGGAUCAAGGAGCGAUCGGGAGCCCGACUUGAAAUUAAGGCCAUCCUACCGACGGAUUACCACGGCCCGGCUAAGAACAUGCCAAGGACUGUCAACUGUGUUGGCACUGAGGAAGCUGUGAGCAAAUGUGAGGAGCUCGUCAACAAGGUCGUAUCGGGUACGGUUACUUGCGCGGACUUGAUCUCUGAAUACGAAGUUGGGCACCCAGAGGUCCGAUCUCAGAAGAGACUCAGCUCGUCUCUAUCCUAUGACGAUACCAAGCGUCGUAGAAUGGACUAUGGCGAGUACCAGGGAGGCUAUGAUAGCUCCUAUAACGCUGGCUACCAGCGCGGUGGGGGGCCGCCAGGUGGUGGGUAUGGCGGUCGCGGACCCAUGAAGGGCGGGGGAAAGGGUGGCUGGAGCGAAAGCCCAGCUGACUCCUGCAUGCUCGAAGUCCCCUCUAGUGGCGUUGGAGCUAUCAUUGGUCGUGGUGGCGAGAUUAUCAACCAGUUGAAAGAGGACGGGCGCUGCGACAUACAGAUCUCCAAGAGCGGAGGUCCCUACCGAGAAGUGUCCAUCCAGGGACCAUAUGAUGGUAUCUUGACUGUGGUUGGAUUCAUCAACGAGAGGCUGGCGGGUGCUCACACAGUGAAGUCGAUGCCAGCCAAUGGGCUCCCCCCUUAUCUAUUCGGUAGUGGAGGUGGCCCCAGUGGGUCUGGCAUGGCCCCUCGUGGAGGUCCUCCCAUGAGUGGUGGUCCUGGAAGAAUGGGUGGUGGUCCGCGGCCUUACAUGCAGCAAAGUUCUCCUCCUCCCCGUUCCUAUGGUGGACCGCCACUGUCUGGCGGUGGUAUGCAGGGUGGAUCCCCGCAGGGCUAUUCGACUCCUCCAGCUCCCCAGCCUUGGCAGCAGCAGCCUCAGGGCGGCGGGCCUGUAGGGGGCUAUGGUGGUGGCAACAGUAUGAUGCCUCAGCAACAACCGCAGCCAGCGCCACACUCGGGAGGUCCGUCCGGUCCUGGUGGCUACUACUCGCAACAAUACGGUGGAGGCUACCAACAGCAUCAGGCCCCUGCUCAGCAGCCAGGCCAGGGAUACAUGCCUCCUCAGCAGACCGCCCCAUCGCCGCAACAGUCGCCGUACCAGUACCAAUCUCCUGUGCCAACGGGUGGCCCUUUACCUGCUGGGACUCCACAAGCUGCUGGGCCCUCGCAGUCAGCCCGUGCCCAAGGAGGAUCAGGGGAAGCGUCGUCUGCUUAUGCUAGUGCAUAUUUGGCCGCUGCGUGGCAGCAGUACUACGCAUCUCUGCAUAGGCAGCAAGCGGCGAGUCGACCUCCCCAGUGAGUACGGUCGGAAACGUCCAAUGACAAGGCGCCGCGUAGAGAAGCGAAC